UCGUUCUCCAGUGGCCCUGCGGGCCGAGUGCGUCCGAUCCGAGCCGGUCGGAUCCGAUUCUUGCUGCAGUGGAGACGGCGGGCGAGGCCUCCUCCACAGGCUGGGCAAGGCAAGGAGCGCGGAAAGAGGAGGAGGAGGAGGAGGAUCCCCCCCUCCCGGGAAGGAAGCAGCAGCUGCAGGAGGAACACCGGGGUUCAAGGUGGCAGGAAAACCAGAGCAGUACCAUCAGCAGAGGGGGGCAUUGGAUGAUUGCCUUGACUGCUUUUCCAUUAUCCCUCUUCACUUUGGAGUAAAGUUUCGAAUCGUCUAUAAAUUAAGCCCCAGAAACAAAAAUUUGUAGCAGCUGCCUCUGCCCCAGUUUCCCCACAAUGCCAUCUAAUGGGCCAGUUGACACCAGCAGUCCUUCUGCGGACCGGGAGACAGUCGAUGCUCACAAGCAGGGAGAAGAAGAUCCUGAGGAGAAUCGGAACAAGGAGGAGAAGCCAGAUCCAGGAAUCCCUGUGAGGAAAGUGGGGCGACCUGGUAGAAAACGGAAACAGCCAGUGGCGGAGACCAGUGAAAUCCCCAAAGACACAGCUUCAGCACCCAAGUGCCCCCCUCCUACCCACAACACCAGCCCUAUGGAGCAAGUGCCCAAUGGAGAUGCUGAGAUGGGAGCUUCUGAGAAUUGCACUCUCACCGAUCUGAAGGGCAGGCAGCGAAGUGAAAACGAACCCAGUGGCCCGCCAGAAGGAGAGAUGGGAAGGGCCCUGGAAAAUGGGCGCUGCACUCCCAAGGACAGUCCUGAUCCACCUGCUAGUGAAGGCAAAGAUGACAAGGAAGAAAACCACUACAACUCACUGAAAAUGGAGGGAUCUCGUGGCCGUCUGCGUGGAGGACUGGGUUGUGAGUCUACCCUUCGCCCGAGGCCAGUGCAGCGUCUGACCUUUCAAGCUGGAGAUCCCUACUACAUCAGCAAGAGGAAGCGGGAUGAGUGGCUGGCCAGGUGGAAGAGGGAGACUGAUAACCCAGCGGCAGCUCAGCUUGACAAGGCUGAAAAGAAAGCUAAGGUAAUUGCUGGAAUGAAUGCUGUGGAAGAAACACCACGGAGCGAGCCCCAGAAGGAGGAGGAGGCUAGCCCACCAGCCUCGCAGCAGCCCACUGACCCCGCUUCUCCCACUGUGGCUACUACCCCAGAGCCUGUGGGGCCUGAUGCUGUAGAGAAGAGCAUAUCAAAGUCACCUGAUGAUGAGCCAGAAUAUGAGGAUGGCCGGGGGUUUGGGAUCGGGGAGCUGGUGUGGGGAAAACUCCGUGGAUUCUCCUGGUGGCCAGGCCGCAUUGUUUCCUGGUGGAUGACUGGCAGGAGCCGGGCUGCUGAAGGUACCCGCUGGGUCAUGUGGUUCGGUGAUGGGAAGUUUUCUGUGGUCUGUGUGGAGAAACUGCUUCCACUCAGCUCCUUUGCUAGCGCCUUUCACCAGGCCACAUAUAACAAGCAGCCCAUGUAUCGAAAGGCCAUCUAUGAAGUACUGCAGGUGGCCAGCAGCAGAUCAGGCAAGAUCUUUCCAUCCUGUCCAGAGAAUGAUGAAACUGACACUUCUAAAGUGGUCGAAAUGCAGAACAAACAGAUGAUUGAAUGGGCCUUAGGAGGGUUCCAGCCAUCCGGCCCAAAGGGAUUGGAGCCUCCCGAAGAGGAACGCAAUCCCUACAAAGAAGUUUACCCGGAGAUGUGGGGGGAACCAGAAGCUGCUGCCUAUGCCCCUCCUCCGCCAGCCAAAAAACCAAGGAAAAGCACAGCUGAGAAGCCUAAGGUCAAGGAAAUCAUAGAUGAGCGCACCCGAGAACGUCUUGUUUAUGAGGUUCGACAGAAAUGCAGGAAUAUUGAAGAUAUCUGCAUUUCCUGUGGAAGCCUGAAUGUCACCCUGGAACACCCUCUCUUCAUUGGAGGAAUGUGCCAAAACUGCAAGAACUGCUUUUUGGAAUGCGCCUAUCAAUAUGAUGAUGAUGGCUAUCAAUCAUAUUGCACCAUCUGCUGCGGUGGCCGUGAAGUCCUUAUGUGUGGGAACAACAAUUGUUGCAGAUGCUUUUGUGUAGAGUGUGUGGACUUACUGGUGGGUCCUGGGGCUGCUCAGGCAGCUAUCAAGGAAGAUCCCUGGAACUGCUACAUGUGUGGCCACAAGGGUGUCUAUGGGCUGCUCCGGCGACGAGAAGACUGGCCCUCACGCCUUCAGAUGUUUUUUGCCAACAAUCAUGAUCAAGAGUUUGAUCCACCAAAGAUUUACCCUCCAGUCCCUGCUGAAAAGAGAAAGCCCAUUCGGGUGCUGUCACUGUUUGAUGGCAUUGCCACAGGGCUCCUUGUCCUAAAGGAUUUGGGCAUCCAGGUGGAUCGAUACAUAGCAUCUGAGGUGUGUGAAGAUUCUAUCACAGUUGGGAUGGUCCGACACCAGGGCAAGAUCAUGUAUGUUGGGGACGUCCGCAAUGUCACUCAGAAACAUAUACAAGAAUGGGGUCCCUUUGACUUAGUGAUUGGAGGGAGCCCCUGCAAUGACCUCUCCAUUGUUAAUCCUGCCAGGAAAGGCCUUUAUGAGGGCACAGGGCGACUCUUCUUUGAAUUCUAUCGUCUCCUUCAUGAGGCCAGACCCAAGGAGGGAGAUGAGCGACCUUUCUUCUGGCUGUUUGAAAAUGUGGUGGCCAUGGGCGUCAGUGACAAAAGGGACAUCUCUCGCUUCCUAGAGUCUAAUCCAGUGAUGAUCGAUGCCAAAGAAGUCUCUGCAGCCCACAGAGCCCGAUACUUCUGGGGGAAUCUGCCUGGCAUGAACAGGCCUCUGGCUUCAACUAUGAAUGAUAAGUUGGAAUUGCAAGAGUGUCUGGAACAUGGCCGGAUAGCUAAGUUCAGCAAAGUACGAACCAUCACCACACGUUCCAACUCCAUCAAGCAAGGCAAGGACCAGCAUUUCCCUGUCUUUAUGAAUGAGAAGGAGGACAUCCUGUGGUGCACCGAGAUGGAGAGAGUCUUUGGCUUUCCGGUCCACUACACGGAUGUGUCCAACAUGAGCCGCCUGGCAAGGCAGAGACUGCUGGGUCGUUCUUGGAGCGUGCCAGUGAUCCGCCAUCUCUUCGCCCCCUUAAAGGAGUACUUUGCCUGUGUUUAAAGAGACGUAACCACAAAACUGGCAAAGCAGAGGAGGAGUCUCAAACACAACCACCCCCAGGAACAGAAGAGAAGUGGCACCAGAAUGGAGGAAAUGGCUGGUGGGUGAGAGGGUGGGAGAGGACAGCCCGCAUACAUAUGCAGCUCCCAUCACCCAAAUCUUCACCCAUCCUCUCCCCAAUUUGAAAUGCCCCAAUCAAACCAACCAAUCCCACUUUCUGUUGGUAAUCCUUUAAUUUCCUGCUCUUUCUGGAUGGGUUUGCCUGUUAGUUUGGUUUCUGCCGCUCCUCGGCUGAGCCCCCAGCAAUGCGGGCUGUCCACUGACGCACCGCAAAAGAGGAAUUUCCAGCCAAGCCCAAAGCUGAAUGGGCCUUGGGGCAUUAUUGCCCAAGCUCAGUUUAGGAGCACAAAAUGAGGUGGAACGGGACCUCCUUGCGUCUGUCCGCGCCAUUCCUGGGCCGAGCGCAAGCUGGGAAGCUCCCAGUCCUACCUGGUCCCCCCCCAAGCCACACACUAGAGUAUUUGGGUGCCUAUCACACAGGAGACCUUGAUAUACCCUGCUCCUACAGCCGCUCUUACCUCUUGUUUACAGUUUAUAUAUAUGUGAGAGUUAUGUGAGAGAAAUAUCUAUAUAUAAAAGGUACUGUUACUACUGUACAACUGACUUUCAAAAUGGUGCUUCUACAACCACAGAGGGUGGGGCUGAAGGCAGCUUCCGUGGUGCUUCACAUGUUAGCCCGCAGGAAUGGCAGGGGGAGCUUUUCCAACUGAUUGCAGCCCCAUCUUAUAAGGGAGAGAAGGCUGACGGGCACCAUUCUCCGCCCCGGGUGGCAUGCAAUAAUACUUUUCUUCCUGAAAAGGCAAACCUCCCUCAGGCCAGGGGCUUUGGCCUUCCUAGAUGGGGCUAACCUACCCCCCCCCCCUGCAGAGCUCCUGGCAGGGGCCCUAAUGUUAGUGGUGCUUUAUUGAAAUUGGCGUUUUCUGGGGCUCCGCCCGUCACCAACCUGGCGCCAGACCAGGAGGCAAAGAGCACCCAAGGACCAGCAGUGCUUGUUUCGGUCAUCUCUGAACUCACUGGCUGUAAGGUUCCCGAUCAGAUCUUUUGGUUCUGCUCCUUUUCUCCAGAUUUGCCCCUUAAGAGACAAAUUCAGCUGCAGAAUAGCUGUGGGGCCAGGGAGGUAGAGAGAAAGAGAAGAGUCCCUGCCAUCCUACGCUGCAGUGACCCCUUCCGCCCCAUUCCUUUGUGGAUUUUGUGUGUUCGGAGGUCAGCACCUGCUGUCUUCCUUCUCCCCCUCCUCCUUUCUAUUUGUGGCUGACACGAAUUAUUAUAGACUUCCUGUUUUGCUUGAUCAGACUCUGGCUGUGCUACCUUUCUCCUCCCCCCUCCCCCCCAUAUGUUGAGGGUACAGAGGGGCAAAAAUAAAGGUGGGCAGUUCUCACGUGAAGAGUCUCUCUCCAGGACCUGAUGAACUCUCAUGUGCAAGGUCUGGCUUAGGAGUCGAAAUUGUGUGCACUUUACUCUUUGGGGCAAGGGGAUAAAUGACCUUCACCAUGAGUCUGUGAUGCACAGUGUAAAAGGGAUGGCCACUGGGCUCUGGUCAACCCUCCGUGCACGGACUUGAGGCUGCUUCUCCCUUCUGCUUGCAGAGACUGAUCCCAACAGGGUCCAAAGUUCUUGGUGCUAAUGGGGAUAUCUCUUCCCUACUCCCCCACCAACCAGCUUUUUGCCUCAGCAGCUUUUCCAUCUGUGCCUCCCCAGGGGACAGCGUCUCCUCUCUGCUCCUGUCUUCCCUGUGUCCAUGGUGCUCUCGGAGGCAAUGGAGUAGAUGCUGAGGCAAAACUCAGGAGCAGGCGGGAAUGUUGGUGGAAGAUAGCAGAUCUCCCUCUGCCUUCUCAUUAACACUCCCCAGCGCAACCUCUUGAGCGGUGAAAACAGUUGGCGGCAGACAAGGAAAGUCUCUGUUGAAGGCUGUAGGUCUUGGUGCUAAAAUUUGGGGAAGUUAGGGUGGCAGGUAGGUGCCUCUGCUCACUUCCCUUCAAACUGUGAAGGGUGCUGGGGUCUCGCUCAGGGCCGAAUGGGGAAGGUUGAAUGGUGGUUUCUUCGGUUGGGGCUGUCUGGCAAGAUAUGCCCCACCCCACCCCCACCUGUUGCCUCUUCGAUAGGCAGUCUCCUUCGCACUCCAUUCUUCCUCUGACCCCCUUGGUCGUUGGGAGGGGGACUGUCUUUCUGCGCAAAAUUCUUCAAAGAGAGGUUUUCCUUACAGGAUUUCCAAGCCUUUCUUCCCAACCCAUUUGCCACAAAGCUAGGGGGGAGAGAUUCCCUCUGGGUUUCUUGUAGUCUAGUUUCACUGGUGCUAAAUGGGAAGUAUUUAUUGGAAGAGACUGUAGCUCAACGACGGAGUCCAUCUUUUCCAU